GGCUCUGGACGGCAGGAAGAUGGCGUGCUUCUCCUCCAGGGUGAUUUUGAUCAUGGCCAUUUUCAAAGCCUUUGAACUGGGAUUAGUUGCUGGGUUGGACCACCAUGAACUUGCACGACUCUCACAGGGAGACCUGGCCUUCAGAGAUAACAGCCCUGGGUCCCAGGAGGAGCCUGCAAUUCAUCAUCAGUCUUCCCAGUUUGUGCCACCCAUGAGAAUCCAGGAUAGUAAGGAACUCAACAAAACCUGCUGUCUGAAUGGGGGAACCUGCAUGCUGGGGUCCUUUUGUGCCUGCCUCCCCUCCUUCUAUGGACGGAACUGUGAGCACGAUAGGCGCAAAGAGAACUGUGGGUCUGUGCCGCAUGACACCUGGCUGCCCAAGAAGUGUGCUAUGUGUAAAUGCUGGCACGGCCAGCUCCGCUGCUUCCCUCAGGCAUUCCUACCCGGCUGUGAUGGCCAUGUGGUGGACGAGCAUACUACAGCUUCCAGGACUCCAGAAUUAACACUGUCUAUAUGCACCAUUCUUAUGCUAGCUGGCAUCUGCCUUGCUAUAUAUACAGAGUUAAUAUGAAUCGACAUUUGCAUGCAACAUUCGUCAUGCAAAUUUCAUGACCUAUAAAGGAUGGCAUUCUAAUGUCCUAAC